CUAAACAUUCCAUGUGUUUCAAGGCUUAUCAAAGCAUUUGUUCCUCUGGUUUGCUUCAAGGAAAUCAUCCGGAAGUUUCCACUGCUCUCUUUGUCAUCAGUGUGCUCACCGCUCUCGCCGCCGACCACGGCUCGCCGGAGAGUAUGGUUCGCCGCCAUUGAAGUGAUUUGCGAGGAACUGGAGAGGAAGAGCAGAGGAAGGCUUCUCUGAACUCUUUGGUUUGAGGGUUUCAUCUCUCCUGCGACGCAGAUGGAGCAACGAAGGAGUGGUUUUUCGCCGUUGAGGUCUUUUAGGCCGCGGGAUGAGGAGCGGGGUGGCUCCUGGGGUGGUGGUGGAGGGGAUGAGAUUCAGUCCUCGUCGGAUACUUUUGAUAUCCCUUCCAAGAAUGCUCCUAUUGAAAGACUCCGGAGAUGGAGGCAAGCAGCACUCGUGUUGAAUGCAUCCCGCCGUUUUCGAUAUACUCUGGAUUUGAAAAAAGAGGAAGAGAAGGAACAAAUAAGGAGGAAGAUACGUGCACAUGCUCAAGUGAUUCGGGCUGCGUUUCUUUUCAAGGAGGCCGGGGAGAAGGAAGGACCAGGUACUUCUGGUGGAACACCGGCCCUUCCUAUUGGUAAUUAUGGAAUUGGAAUGGAACAACUUACUGCAAUGACUAGGGACCAUGAUUUUUCUGCUUUGCAAGAAUAUGGAGGGGUCAAAGGGCUGUCAAAUUUGUUGAAGACAAAUUUAGAUAAGGGAAUAAGUGGAGACGAUUCUGAGUUGUUACGGAGGAGGAAUGCAUUUGGGGCAAAUACAUAUCCCCGAAAGAAAGGCAGAAGUUUCUGGGUUUUCCUGUGGGAAUCUUGGCAAGAUCUAACACUAGUAAUCCUUAUGAUAGCUGCUGUUAUAUCUUUGAUUUUGGGUAUAAAGACUGAGGGUAUUAAAGAAGGAUGGUAUGAUGGUGCAAGCAUUGCGUUCGCUGUUAUCCUUGUUAUAGUUGUGACAGCUGUCAGCGACUACAGGCAAUCACUGCAAUUCCAAAAUCUGAAUGAUGAGAAGCGAAAUAUAAGGUUGGAGGUAAUAAGAGGAAGCAGAAGGGUUGAGGUGUCAAUAUUUGAUCUGGUUGUUGGUGAUAUUGUUCCUAUAAAAAUAGGUGACCAGAUACCGGCUGAUGGAAUUCUAAUCUCUGGACAUUCCCUUGCCAUUGAUGAAUCAAGUAUGACUGGGGAGAGCAAAAUUGUUCACAAGGAUAAAAAGGCACCUUUUUUGUUGUCAGGAUGCAAAGUUGCUGAUGGUUAUGGUACAAUGCUGGUGACUGCUGUGGGAAUCAACACUGAAUGGGGUUUAUUGAUGGCUAGCAUAUCUGAAGAUAAUGGCGAAGAAACUCCUCUUCAGGUGCGCUUGAACGGUGUUGCUACAUUUAUUGGCAUAGUAGGACUGACUGUUGCUGUUUUGGUUUUGAUAGUGCUUCUGGCUAGAUACUUCACUGGACACACCAAGAAUCCUGAUGGGUCCGUUCAAUUUGUAAGUGGUCAUACGAGUGCAAAAGCUGCGAUAAAUGGAGCUGUCAAAGUCUUGACUGUUGCAGUAACAAUUGUGGUGGUUGCUGUACCUGAGGGACUUCCAUUGGCUGUGACUUUGACGCUUGCAUAUUCAAUGAGGAAGAUGAUGGCUGACAAGGCUCUGGUGCGAAGACUUGCAGCUUGUGAAACAAUGGGGUCAGCUACGACAAUAUGUAGUGACAAAACUGGAACUUUGACCCUGAAUCAGAUGACUGUUGUAGCAGCUUAUGUUGGUGGUAAGAAGAUAGAUCCUCCAGAUAACUCUGAACAAUUAUCUUCUACUGCAUCAACUCUUUUGAUUGAAGGAAUUGCACAAAAUACAACGGGCAAUGUGUUUGUUCCUGAGACUGGAGGAGCUAUCGAAGUUACUGGCUCACCUACUGAGAAAGCUAUUCUUUCAUGGGGUGUCAAGCUGGGAAUGAAGUUUUAUGAUGCAAGAUCACAAUCCUCCAUCCUUCAUGUGUUUCCAUUUAAUUCGGAGAAAAAACGGGGUGGAGUUGCAGUCCAUGUGGGAGGCUCAGAAGUUCAUGUGCAUUGGAAAGGGGCUGCUGAAAUAGUUCUUGCCGCAUGUACAAGCUGGCUUGAUGCUGAUGGCUCGAUUCAAAAAAUGAAUGACAAGAUGGACACAUUUAAAAGAUUUAUUGAAGAUAUGGCAGCUGAGAGCCUUCGAUGUGUUGCAUUUGCUUAUAGAUUGUAUGAAUUGGAAAAGGUUCCAAAUGAGGAAGAGAGAGAUUCGUGGUCCUUGCCUGAGGAUGAUUUGGUUCUGCUUGCUAUUGUGGGAAUAAAGGAUCCUUGCCGGCCCGGUGUUAGAGAUGCUGUACAACUAUGCACAAAAGCGGGUGUGAAGGUACGCAUGGUCACUGGAGAUAAUCUUCAGACAGCUAAGGCCAUAGCUUUGGAAUGUGGAAUUUUAGAUUCAGAAUUCAGUGCCACAGAGCCAAAUCUUAUAGAGGGUAGAGCGUUCCGUGCAUUGAGUGACAAAGAAAGGGAAGCCAUUGCUGAUAAAAUAUCGGUGAUGGGGAGAUCAUCUCCUAAUGAUAAGCUCCUGCUUGUCCAAGCAUUGAGGAGGAAGGGUCAUGUUGUAGCUGUUACUGGUGAUGGAACCAAUGAUGCUCCUGCACUACAUGAGGCAGAUAUUGGUCUUGCAAUGGGAAUUCAAGGAACAGAAGUUGCUAAGGAAAGCUCAGAUAUUAUUAUCCUGGAUGAUAAUUUUGCAUCUGUCGUAAAGGUUGUUCGCUGGGGUCGUUCUGUGUAUGCAAAUAUUCAGAAAUUUAUCCAGUUCCAGCUCACUGUCAAUGUUGCUGCCUUGAUUAUCAAUGUUGUUGCUGCUGUUUCUUCUGGAAAUGUUCCUCUGAAUGCUGUUCAGCUUCUCUGGGUCAACCUCAUCAUGGACACUUUAGGUGCCCUUGCACUGGCAACAGAGCCACCAACGGAUCAUCUUAUGGAAAGGCCUCCUGUUGGUCGAAGGGAACCACUUAUAACAAAUAUCAUGUGGAGAAAUUUACUUAUUCAGGCUUUAUAUCAAGUGGUGGUCCUUCUCUUGCUUAACUUUGGUGGCCGGAGUAUCCUGCAUUUGAAGAAUGAAACCCGAGAACAUGCUGACAAAGUGAAGAACACCUUCAUAUUUAAUUCAUUUGUCUUAUGCCAGAUAUUCAAUGAGUUCAAUUCACGGAAACCAGAUCAGAUGAAUAUCUUUAAAGGAAUCACAAAAAAUCAUCUCUUUAUUGGGAUCAUUGCCAUAACAUUGAUCUUGCAGGCUAUAAUUGUCGAGUUCCUUGGAAAGUUCACUUCUACUGUCAGGCUUAACUGGAAGCUUUGGCUCGUUUCAAUCGGCAUUGCUUUCGUCAGCUGGCCAUUGGCAUUAAUUGGGAAGCUCAUUCCAGUUCCUGAAAUUCCAUUAGCUGAAUAUUUUCAGCGGUGUUGUCAGAAAAAAAACCGUCAAGAAAACAUGGAGGAUGUGAAUGGAGAUGAAAAUAGGCAGAAGUAAGUUUCAUGGUGCAAUGCAAACGGUGAAGAAAGAUAAUAUGACUUUUUAUGUGGAUGUCUUUUUUUAAUUGUACAUCAUUUCAGUCUUGUUUUGUGACUUAAAUACUUGUGAAAAACGAAUGUUAGUACUGUCUUUUAGUUUGCAUGUAUAUACGUGCACAUGCAUACACACAGCUUGCUUUAUACUACAAGCUUGUAAACACUUUACAAUUUAUUUUCCUUAGUAUUACCCCCCUCUCUCUCUCUCUCUCUCUCUCUCACUUGCUUUACUUAAAGCUUGUAAAACACUUUACAUUUUAUUUUCAUUAGUAUUACCUUCUCUCUCUCUCA